GGACCCCCGGGACCCCCGGCCAUGUUCCGGCGGGACGAGCGGAGCCGCGCCACGGUGGCGCGGGGGUCAGCGCUGGACAUGGAACUGCGGCGGGGCUGCUGCCGCCCCCCGGCCCCGGCCGCGCAGGAGCCGGAGCUGCAGCGGGCCCUGGAGCGGGCGCUGCGGGUGCGGGAGGGGGCGCGGCGGCUCCUCCCCGCCUGCAGCCGGCCCGAGCAGGCGCUGGAGACCACCAAGACCCUGGUGCUGUGCGAUGCCAGGGUGGUCGCGGCCGGGGGGGAGCUGCAGCGGCGCCAGGAGGCCCGGCUGAGGGGGGCCCGGCGCCCCUCGGACGGCGGGCCCGGGGCUGAGCGGGUGCCGUGCCGCGGCACCGUCUGCAUCUCAGAUUUGCGCAUCCCGCUGAUGUGGAAGGACACCGAGUACUUCAGGAACAAGGGGGAGCUGCACCGCUGUGCCGUGUUCCUGCUGCUGCAGGUGGGGGCCGAGAUCCACGACACCCCCACGGUGCUGGUGGACAGGACCCUCACCGACAUCUGCUUCGAGGGCGCCGUGCUCUUCUCGGAGGCGGGCCCCGAUUUCGAGCUGAAGGUGGAGCUGUACAGCGCGGGGCUGCCGGGCGGGGGGGCGCAGGGCAGCACCCCCAAAAAGCUGGCGACGCGUCUGAGCACCUCCCUGGGCCGCUCCUCGGGGCGCCGGGCGCGGGCGGCCAUGGAGGGGGGCCCCGGCAGCCCCCCGGGCACCGGUGGCACCGGGGCACUGCUGCUGCCCCCGCCCGGCGUGCCGUGUCCCCGGUUCCAGCUGCUGGCGCACGCCGCGCUGUCCCUGGCGCAGGUGCACGAUGGCUUCCGCACCCACGACCUCGUCAUCGCCGCCGACGAGCAGAGCCCCUGCUGGGUGCCCCUCUACGGCCGCAUGUGCUGCCGCCUGGCGGCCAGGCCGAGCUGCAUGGACACCCCCGCGGCGACGGGGACACUGCGGCUGCAGGCUCCGGGGGCCGAGGGGCCAAGCGGGGCCCCCCUGUUCUGCGUCCUGCGGGGCCCUGGGCUGCUCUGCUACGGCAGCGCUGGCGAGGCCGAGGCAGGGCAGGAGCCCACGCUCACCAUCGCUGUCACCAAGGACACGCGGGUGCGCGCGGUGGAGGCCGGGGGCCGCGGGCAGCCCCCCGGGGUGGCCGUCACCAACCGGCUGGGCGGGGAGGAGGUGACACACGCGCUGGUGGCCGAGAGCGCGGCCGAGGCCCAGCGCUGGCUCCAAGCCUUCGGGCAGCACCUCUACGACUUGGCCCAGUGGAAGCAGUGCUGUGAGGAGCUGAUGCGGAUCGAGGAGCCCCCCCCGCGCCGCCCCCCGGCCCCGCUGCCCCCCCAGGGCUCUCUCUACCACCAGACGGCCCCGUCGGGCCCCCCCGGGCCCCCCCCGGGCGAGGGGCUCCUGCUGCAGGAGAAUGUCUCAGCCGAGAUCCGGGCGCUGCUCAGCUCCUACUACAGCGACAGGUGA